UGCGCCGAGUGCAUCACCAGGUCAGGCCGACGCUUCUCCAGCCGCCGGCAGCAGCCACGGGGUUCAGCGUCGAUCCGAGUGCAUCCGAGCCCCCGGACCGCCCUGGGUGCAGCUGCGAGCCGCCCAGCAUCCUCCUCAUUCAUUCCCUUUGCGCGGUCUCGCAAUUCGUCCACCAACCACCAUUGCAAACACAUCGCUGCUUGCGCCCAUGGAAAGCAUCCCGUCCGACGUUUCCAUCCAUAUAUUCGCAUUCAUCUCGAGACCUUCAGACUCGCUGAGGUUGCUGUCGGCAAGCAAGCGGCUCUAUCGAGAGCUCCGGCAGGAUGUGCAUCGGCUGCUCUGUCGCUCACUGCUUGCCACUCGGGGUCUGCUGGCCUCGCUCAAGCUCCUGACAUCCAGGGCGGCUCCCCAGCAUCUGCUCGAGACGAUCAUUCAGCUGCACUCAUCUCGGCCCUCGACCACCUCCGACUCGCCGAUGCUGCCGGUCAUGCUCUGGGCCACGACUUCGGGCAAUUCUCACGUCCUCGAGAUGAUCCUCAGGCACAACUCUGUCAGUGCUUCGAGUUGCACCGGGGUGCUGCACAGUGCCUGCUUCCUCGGCGAUCUACUUGCCUGCAGGUCGCUUAUUGCCGCCGGGGCUGAUGUGCACUCCAACGACGACCUCUCGCUCCACUAUGCCGCCAUCAACGGGCACUUUGCCAUUGUCGAUUUCCUGCUGGGCAACUCACAGACCUCCUUUGACCGACACCGCCUGUCUGCCAUCGCGAUUGCGGCUGCCGGAAAGAACCAUCUGCAUGUCGUGAAGGCCCUCGAGGCCUUUGGCGCCGACAUGAGCAUCAACAAUCUGGCUAUCUUGCGUAUGGGCUGCUGUCUGGGCUACCACGACCUGGUCGUCUUUGUACUUCAAGUCUAUCGCGACCGUCAUCCGCACUGGGCCGACGGCGCCUCCAAUGUCCUUCUACAAGCCGUGCGCCAGGGCCACGAGCAAAUCGUCCGGCUCUUGAUCGAAAGCGGCGUUGAUUUCCGAGCCGGCGACGACGCUCCCUUCCGACUGGCCUGCGAGAACGGACACGUCGAGCUGGUACGUCUUCUCAUCGGACUGGGAUGCGACGUUCAAGCCGCCGGCAAUCAGGCCCUGCGUGUAGCCGCUGCCAAGGGACGGGAUCAGAUCCUCAGACUGCUGCUCGAGAGUGGAGCCGAUAUCAACGCAGCGCACGGGGAGGCUCUGCGAACGGCAGCCAAGAUGGGCCAUGUGGCGGUUGUGCAAAUGUUACUGGAAUUCGAUGCCGAUGUGCAUGCCAACGCUGACGAGGCCCUCAAGAAUGCGUGCGAACAUGGCCAUGAUCAAGUGGUCGGGCUCCUUCUCCAGCACGGCGCAGAUACGAUAUCCCAUGGCGGCUUGCUGCUCAAAUUGGCCAUGACCAACGGCCACGUCAAGGUCGUUCAGCGAUUGCUGAGCUACGGCCUUGAUAUGAACGCCUAUCCCUUUGAGAACGUGUGGACCUAACUGCCUCCCUCCCCCUCGUGGUGGUUGCAAUGAGAUGACGAUGUGGGUCUGCUGCUGGCUCGUUGCUGUCCGGACAGGAAGUUCUAGUCGAGUCGAAACGACAGAGCCGUCACGGUUCAAGUCGAAGAAAGUUUUGUAAUGGGACACCCUGAUGCCAAAGAAAAUUAGGGAGUGCUCCGUUUUCAUCUGUGUUAUCUGUAGCCACAAUAUGUACUGCAGUGCUUGGGACAUCGUGACUUGAUUCGGAGUGGGAAUACACCCACCCGCCAUUCCCUACGGCCAUCCACACCGUAGAUGUGAUAUGUGCCCAGCCCACGUCGACCAGGGCUCUUCAAUACCUUGAGCAGUUGCAUCACCAAGGGUUGCUCAUGCUGCAAUAUAUGCAGCUUGUGAUCCAUCA